AUGAAUCAUCAACAAGUACUAACAUCUUUAAUAUUGCUCUCAAUGAUGUGGGUGUCUGCUACCCUUUCAUCGUCUUACUACCCUUGUUCAGAACAAUGUACAUCUUUACAAAUCUGUCUCUACUACAAGAGUAUAAUACCAAGGUCUGGAAAGUGUGUAGAUCUAUCAUGGCUUGAGGACAAUAAUAUCAAGAUUACAAUGGAGUUGACACCUGCCAAUGAUCCAACAGAGUUUAUUGGUUCGAUAGAGAAUCAUGCUGAGAACACUGAUGUCGUAUAUGCAGUGUUCAACACAAAUCUAAAGACGUACACAUCUCUCUACAACAUGUCAUUCAUCGAGGAUCAGAUCUUUGCUCCAUAUUACCAGAGUCAAUAUACUGUUCAACCUGGUGUAACUUGGGACUUUGGGUUCACCUCCUCGGACGACCUCACCUAUCUAUCAAUGCGUCUUGCAGUAUUGACUCUAAAGAAUGUA